AUGCCGCAGACCGACGAAUCCGAGACCGACGAACCGCAAGCCAAUGAAGAGCGUAUCGAGCGCGAGAGGGCCAGCGGGAACAAACUCUGGAGCGCCUACAUCACCGAGGCGCAAAACUACGAUCAGGGUCUCCUCGAGGGCUGGCGCAGUGAGAUGGAUGGUCUGCUGAUCUUUGCCGGUCUCUUCUCGGGCGUUAUCACGACAUUCAUCAUCGAUAGUUACAAGACACUGAACGCCGACUCGGGGAGCCAGACUGUCGUGCUGCUCAGCCAAACGGUUGCACUCCUCGGCCAGAUCUCGCUCCAACUCGCAAACAUGAAUAACGGGACUGCAAUGGCGGACGCACUUCCUCCCGCCGCUGCCUUUGCGCCCCCGGUCUCCUCCCUGGUCUGCAACGCACUCUGGUUCACGAGCCUCGCACUUAGUUUGUCGAGCGCACUCGUCGCGACUCUGGUCAAGCAAUGGGCGCAGGAGUACCAGCACCGGACAUCGAUGUUCUCGUCUCCCUCUGUCCGCGCGCGCGUGUAUAUGUAUCUCUUUCAUGGCUUACAACACUUCAAUAUGCAUGCCGUUGUUGGCGUACCGCCGCUUCUGCUGCAUGCUUCACUACUGCUGUUCUUUGCGGGUCUCGUUGCCUUCCUGGUGCCCAUCAACACCAUCAUCGUGGGAAUCACCUCUGCUCUGCUGUUCCUGUUUGUCUCGGUCUACGGAACUUUCACCGCUCUUCCGUUGUUCUUCCUCGACUGUCCGUACCAGACGCCACUCACACGGAUCCUCUGGUCGCUGAAUCACAUCUGGGGAAGCACGCUGAGGGCUUACAUUCGAAGGGCAGCGGCUGUUUGCAAGGCCAUACCUCAAACCAGAGUUCCUGUGACAGACCCCGAGAAAGCCGCCCAAUCUCCUGCGACGAGCCCCGAUGCCUCCGCCGAGCGUGCUGCAGCCGCGGCAGACACCCGUCCGGAGUCGCAAAGCAUGAUGGACGCCAUCAAAUCAGAAGCACUGAAUCCUCCUGUCAAGAUAGAGACGCACGCACUCGCAUGGACCGUCCGGUCUCUCUCUGACGAUGAGGAGCUCGAAAAACCUGUCGAGGGGCUCCCCCAGACGCUGUAG